GCUAGGGUUGAACAAAAAAAAACAUCUCUUUAAAACUGUUCAGCUUUUCUUUUGCCAACCCCCUUCGGGUUGGGAGCGGGACAGGCUAGAAGAUGCUAAGGGGUCGAGAAUGCACUGAGCAGCGAUUGGUGGUGAUGGUGGCGGGUAGUGUUGGUGGUUUAUCGCGCUCCACACACACUCAUACAUCGAUCAGAGCCAUUGAGUGCGCUCUCGCGCGCGCCUGUUGUCUCUCAGCUUCACCAACCAGUGUACUAAUGUGAGCCUUCCGGAGCGGAUGCGCCGCACGGUGGUACGGUAAAGGUGCUAUUGCGUUUCUCCAGAACCGCGUCUGCUGUCGUCAGCAAGGUAUUUUCUAAGCCGCUUCGAGCAGAACUGCAUACAAACCUGUACUAAACCCAGUGUUUGUGCUAGUGUGUGUGUGUGUGUGUGUGUUGAGUGUUACGGAUUUGUUAUUAUUAUUGUGUGGUGUGUAUGUAGUGUAAAUCGCUUGCAAACCAGUGCGCGAAAGCAGAGCAACAUGUCGACGCUGCUGAAUUUGGACAGCUAUCGGCAUGAGCUGUACGAGCAACAACAGCUGCUGGGCACGUCCCCGAUCCAGUACACCGUCCUGUCGAUGGACACACCGUCGCCGUCGUCGUCGUCGUCGGCAGCAGCAGCAGUGGUCAGUGUUGGAGAGUUUACGCUCGGCCCGGGUCGCACCUAUGCCAGUGCGCUUUCGCCAUCGUCAUCGUCCGCAUCGCCAUCGUCACCGUCGUCGGUCGCAUCGCCCAACAGCCGGGCGAGCAACAUGUCCCCGGAGUCCAGUGCCAGCGAUCAGAGUGCUUCCUAUACGCUGCAAAACCUGAACCUUUCCAGUAGCGCCGGCACGAUGAACUAUCCUGGCAUGGGUUAUCAGCAGCAGCAGCAGCAGCAGCAGCACCAACAACAUCAACAUCAACAGCAACAUCAACAACUUCAACAGCAGCAGCAUCACUAUUACACACCGCAGCUGCUGAAUCUCGACCAGGAGCAUCUGCAAGCGCAAACCUUCACCUACGUCACAUCGUCGAACGAAGCGUUUGCCGCACCGGAACCGAACUACAGCGAGCCGCAUCUGGUGAUCCUGGAGCAGCCGGUGGACAAGUUUCGCUUCCGCUACCAGUCGGAGAUGCACGGGACGCACGGUUCGCUGAUGGGCAGCCGGACGGAGAAGUCGAAGAAAACGUUCCCGACCGUUGAGCUGCGUGGGUACAGUGGGGAGGCGAAGGUGCGCUGCUCCCUCUAUCAGGUGGAUCCGCAACGGCGCGCCCCACAUUCGCACCAUCUGGUGAUCAAGUCCGGCGAGCUGGAUCUGAUCGAUCCGCACGAUCUGGAUGUGGGUGGCGCGGGUGCGGCUGAACCUUCCGAGGGUGUGGGCGGGGACGGCAAGUAUGUGGCCACCUUCCAGGGUAUGGGCAUCAUACACACGGCGAAGAAGUUCAUCGCCGAGGAGCUGUACAAGAAGCUGCGCAAGCAUCGGCUGUGCGAGCUGAACCGGGAGCCGACCGAGCGCGAGGAGCAGCAGAUGCAGAAGGAGGCGGCCGUCAUGGCGCGCACGAUGAACCUCAAUCAGGUGUGCCUGUGCUUCCGGGCGUACCGGGUGGAGGCGGGUACGGGCCGCUGGGUCCCGAUCUGUGAGCCGGUCUACACGAACCCCAUCAACAAUAUGAAAAGUGCACUUACGGGCGAGCUGAAGAUCUGCCGGCUCAGCACCACCGUCAGCGGGGUGGACGGUGGCGAGGAGGUGUUUAUGUUUGUCGAAAAGGUGUGCAAAAAUAACAUCAAGAUUCGGUUCUACGAGCUGGACGAGUACGACCAGGAGGUGUGGCAGGAGAUGGCCAUCUUUUCCGAGGCGGACGUCCAUCACCAGUAUGCGAUCGCGUUCAAGACGCCACCGUACCGGCACAAGGACAUUACCGAGCCGGUCGAGGUGCUGAUGCAGCUGUUCCGGCCGCGCGACCGGUGCCAGAGCGAGCCGGUACUGUUCAAGUACAAACCGCGGCCCGGCAUGAUGGUGGUGCCGGGGGCUGGUGCUGCCAGUGGUGCGUCGCGCAAGCGGCUCCGCAUCAGCUCGGGCAAUGUGUCGUCCGAAAUUCCCACCGUCAUCCUGAACGACCCGAACGGGCCUGUUGGACCCGCUGGAGUAGGUGGUGGUGGUGGAGGAGGAGGUGGUGGCGGUGGUGGUGGUGGUGCUAUUGGUUCAGGAUCAACUACACGACUACCGCCCCUGCAUCAACCAUUUCCAAUGCUGGCCAAUCAUGCUGGCGGCGGUGCCAUUCCGGAAGGUCAAGAACCAACGUCGACCACAUCGCUCACGACCUCAGCGCAUCAUCCGGACAUUAUGAGCGGCAUCGGUUCCACCACCACCAUCUCCAAGGAGCUAACGAAGGCCAGCAUUAUCCAGGAGAUACUGAACAUUCCGACAACGAUCGCGUCCGACGUAGCGUUCGACUCGAGCGACUUUCCCUGCAACUCGGAAGAGUUCAACAAACUCAUCCAAGAGAUCGGCAAUCAGCAGGAUCUGGUCAAGCUGGAGACGGACGCAGAAACGGCUGGCAGCGGCGCCACCGAUACGGAAAGUGUGCUGGGACGGGCGAUUGCCGAUCUGGUCGCGUCCGGGGACGAUUCGCGGCAGGGCGAAAUGUUGCGCAAGCUGCUCGCCCUGAUCAAACUGUUCGCCGGGGACGUGAAUCGCUCGCGGCAGCUGCUGGCCUCCCACUGGACCGCUGCCAAUCAGCAGCAGCUCAAUUGCCUCCACGCUGCAAUCCGACGCAACGAUACGACGAUCGCCUGCAAGCUGAUCGAGCUGCUGCACGAGUACCAGCUGGCGGAGGAGCUGCUCGAUCUGCCGAACGAUCGCAACGAAACCGGCCUCCAUCUGGCCGUGUCGUGCAACAGCGAGCCGAUCGUGAAGGCGCUGCUGGCGGCCGGCGCAAAGCUGCACUUCUGCGACUACCGUGGCAACACGCCCCUGCACCGGGCAGUCGUCGAGAAUGUGCCCGAUAUGGUGCGGCUGCUGCUGCUGCAGCAGCGGCCCGGCCAGCCGGGAGGUUUGCGGCUCGACUGCACCAACGACGACGGGUUGACCGCGUUGCAGGCGGCCGUGUAUGCUCGAAAUUUGAAGAUCACGCGCAUCCUGCUGGAGGCGGGAGCGUCGGUGCGCGAGAAGGACCUCAAGCACGGCAACAACAUCCUUCACAUUGCGGUCGACAAUGAUGCGCUCGAUAUCGUGCACUACAUACUGGAGGAGGUGAAGGAGGAGCUCGGUCGGGAGCGGAACAAUGCUGGCUACACGCCGCUGCAGCUGGCCGACGCGAAGAGCCACACCGGGCAGGGCAACAACAAGCUGAUCGUGCGGGAACUGUUGCGCCACUACCCGGAUGGGUUGCAGAAGGAGGUAAAGAAGGAGAUUGAUGCCACAGAAGACGACGAGGAGGAAGAGGAGGAAGAGGAGGAGGAAGACGAGGAUGAGGAAGGGGAGGAGCAGGAGCAGAGGGAAGCAUCGGCACCGUCCAGCAACGUGCUCGAUUCGAUGGAUCUGAUCAACGGUGAGCGGGCAACCGUUGCGCGACUGCUGGAUGAGCAUGAGCCGGAAGCGGAACCGCAGCGUAAAGCCACCAAGCGGUCGGACAGUGGCCCGGCUCGAACCGAACCCGACACGCUGCUCGACGAGCAGUGCCUGGAGGAGCUGUGCCGGCUGCUGGACGCGGGCAAUGGCUGGCGCGAGCUCGGUUCGCUGCUCGACUUUCACUCAUUCUUUACCGUGUGGGAGCAGGCGCCCAGCCCGGCACGGAUGUUGCUCGGGUAUUUCGAGAUGCAGCAGCUCCACCUGGACCGGCUGAUCGAUAUGCUGCGCGUGCUGGAGCUGCGCGACCCCAUCCGCAGCAUCGACGAGAUGAUCUGCCGGCGGAUGAAGUGAUACGCAUUGCGCGAUGAUGAUUGUUGUUGUGAUUUGCCUCCUUUGGUUGGUUUGGAAGCAUCGGUAGGACAGCCUGUGGCGGAGUUUUUGUUUUGUAGCAACACACCAACACACUAUUUUACGCUUUUACUGUACCUUUUUUUUGCUACAUUUUACGUACAACUACAUCCCAGAUACAUCCGAGAUAUACACUCUUGGAAAAAAAAACCGAGUCGACCUGUUCAAUCCAAUCGUGGUGGCGGUGGUGGUGAUAUCACGCGUUGCUCCCGCCAGCAUUACUGCAAACGUGACCGGGAAGAAUUGCAUUGCGGUGUGCUGCGCGGACAGUUGAUGACACGGUGGCGUUCGGUGGCGCUUGCGGGGAGAG